AUGUGGCUCAACGCGCCUUCCGUGAUUGCGGAAGAAUUGGAAAACGAAAACAACGCAUGCCUUAUCCAUUGGCUAGACAAUUCCCCACAAACUUCUUUAUUGCUUCAUUUGCAAGAAAGGGGUAAUUCCUAUCUCUCUGCUUAUUGUCAAACCCGAAAUGAAAGCUGGGUACGCGUUCACGAAUAUAUCCUUAUCCUUCAGCUGCAUUACUACGGGCUCAUCAGUCUUGGCACACCCCCGCAACAAUUCAAGGUCAUCUUUGACACCGGUUCCGCGAACCUCUGGGUGCCAUCGAGCAACUGCCCCGAUACGCAAGACGGCUGCAAGAACAAGAGAAAGUACAACAGCGCUCAGUCGAGCACUUACAAGAAGGACGGCCGCAAAUUCCGUAUCGAGUACGGAAGCGGUAUUGUGGAGGGCAUCUACAGCACCGACGUUCUAAGCGUGGGAAAUGGCAAGGUUAACGCACAGACCUUUGCCGAGGCCACAAAGGCACAGGGUGCCAUCUUCAAAGCAGCCAAGUUUGACGGGCUUUUGGGUCUCGGUUACCCAGCUCUCGCCGAAGACAACGUCGUACCAGUGUUCGACAACAUGAUUAAGCAGAACCUGCUGCCCCUGCCGGUCUUCUCCGUCUACCUCAACCGAAACCCCAAGGCCAGUCCCGGAGGAGAGAUCUACUUCGGUGGCAUCGACUCCAAGCGCUACACGGGAGCCAUUACCUACACCAGUGUCACCAAGAAGAGCUACUGGCAGUUCAAAAUGCAAGGCAUGCAAGUGAAAAAGGACAAGAACUUCUGCGCUGGAGGGUGCGACGCUGUGGUUGACACGGGCAGCUCUUUCAUUGAAGGCCCCAAGGACGAGAUUGAGCGGCUGAACGCUUACCUGAGAGCCAAGGAGGAGCCUAGUGGAGAGUGGCGUGUGAAGUGCGCUAAUAUUCCGAAAAUGCCAAAGAUUUCCUUCACUAUUAGUGGAAAGGAGUUCACCAUGACUGCCGACCAGUACAUCAUCCAGAUUGAAACUCCAAAGAAGUUGAAGUGCUUCAGCUCUUUCGCAGUCUCUGACACUCCUACGAAGAAAUUCUGGGUUCUCGGCCAGGUGUUCAUCGGAAGCUUCUACAGCAUCUUCGACAGGGGCAGCGACCGCCUGGGAUUCGCGAUCGCCGCCUAACUGGCACUCCCGACGACAACCAGUGGCAAAGACAGACGACUUUAAUAGCGUGCGCGUAUAGUCCUAUUAAAAAAUAUAUUGUAAUUGCAGAAAAGAGAGAUAGAGAACACAUUGACACGAUGCUAUUGCAAGAAAUAUAUG